AUGCCUAUUGACGAUAUUGUCACAGAUCCCUCUCUGAAGCUGGCGUUAGAGACGUCACAUAAGAGUCGCGAACAAGCCAUUGCCCUCCUUGAUCUGGUCUCCAAUGCUCCUCCGAGCUCCUCAGCUUCUGACGAAUUCCAACUCCAGAUCUCCAGAGAGCAGAAAAAGCUGCUCACAUAUCUCUCUCAGUUACGAGGCCUUCAUCGCGAUGCGCAUGUCGGUGCUAGGGAGACGAAAGCUCUUACGGCUGAGAUGCGACAGGAAGUAGACAAGCUACACCUCCAGCUGCAGAAUCUUUACUACGAACAGCGACAUCUACAAGGAGAGAUUGCUGCUUGUGAAUCAUAUGAUCACAAGUAUCAGCAAUUACCUCUCAUCCCUGUGGAGCAAUUCCUCGCCGAACACCCUGAGUAUGCUGAUGCGGAUGAGAAUUCGUUGAUGAUUGCACGAAUUGAUCAUGAACAUGCAGAGCGCUUGGCGCUAGAAGAGCAGAGGCAAGGAUUGUUGAAGAAGAAGCAGGGACUUAUUGCAGACAACAAGAAGAGGAAGGAUGACCUCGCAAAUCUUGAUAAAGAUUUGGAGAAGUUUAUUGAUGCUGCAAAACCGAUCCAGAAGACGUUCGAAAAAGUGGUCUGA